AUGUCGAGGACGCCGCUGCAUCAAUGGAGACAUGCCACACCCAGCGGGCAAUAUGCUGACGGGCGGGCUCAAGCCGCUGGCGACGACCGGCAGGCGCUAACAGGAGCUCCAAGUCAAGCUUAUCCCACGGACGAGCCCCCGCGCUUCUUAUUUUCAGCCCCAGCCAGUCAGGGCUAUGAUCCCACUGUGGCAUCUAGCGUUUCCAAUGCUAUACCGUCCUAUCAGGAGAGACUCUGGGGUAGCGUUGCACAUCAGAAGCAAGACGUUUCCUCGGUGUCUUCAUACACUACUGGGACUCCGGCUCGGCUUGAGACUCAACGGUCCAAUGCUUUAAGAAAUGUCGAGUAUGCCUCAGCCUCCUAG